AUAUCCUUUAAGAUCACCAUACUCAAAGAGUGUAUUUCACCUUAUGGAAUAAUCUGCUGCCUCUUUUCUUAUCUUUGGACCUCUGCAGAGACUGAAUGAGAAGACAGCUUUGCAGGCUAAGCUUCUGCCAAGAUGUUCCGUUUGCAGAAUCCACAGAUGCUGCGUAUGCUAGAGAGAUCCUUGAGGAAUAGUCUUCCUGAGUCCUUAAAGGUUUAUGGAACCGUCUUCCAUAUGAACCAGGGAAACCCAUUCAAUCUAAAGGUCCUGGUAGACAAGUGGCCUGAUUUUAAUACAGUGGUUGUCCGCCCUCAGGAGCAGGAGAUGACAGAUGACUUUGAUCACUACACCAACACCUACCUAAUCUAUUCGAAAGAUCUCAAGAACUGUCAAGAAUGUCUUGGCACAUCAGAUGUCAUCAAUUGGAAACAACAUUUGCAGAUCCAAAGUUCACAGCCCAGCCUGGAUGAGGUGAUACAAAGUCUUGUAGCUGCCAAAUUUGUCAGGGUCAAGAAAACACAGUGCCUUCUCUAUAUGAUGCCUAAGACAGCAAAGAAACUGGUUCCUUUCCUGCUGGAGACCAAGAACUUAUGUCCUGAAUCCGGCAGACCCAAGGCUAUUAACCAAGAGAUGUUUAAACUCUCAUCUCUGGAAAUCACCCAUGCUGCCUUGGUGAAUAAAUUCUGGCAUUUUGGUGGUAACGAGAGGAGCCAGAGAUUCAUCAAGCGCUGUAUCCAGACCUUCCCCACUGUCUGUCUGCUAGGGCCUGAAGGGACCCCUGUAUCCUGGGCCCUAAUGGACUACACUGGAGAGAUGCGGAUGGCAGCCACCCUGCCUGAGUACCGGGGCCAAGGCCUUAUCUCCUAUAUCAACUGUUUCCUGGCCCAGGUUCUGGAAAACCUUGGCUUCCCUGUGUACAUACAUACAGACAAAGCCAAUAAAAUUGUACAGAAAAUGAGUCACACUCUGCAUCAUGUCCUCAUGCCCUGUGACUGGAACCAGUGGAACUGUACACCUCUGUGAAACCAGCCCUGAAUCUGCAUGCUGCCCUAGUGCUCCUCCCGGAAACCCUGAAUCUCACAUAUGGAUUGCUGCCCGUGGACGAGUCUUGCCAGUUUUGCCAGGAGGUGACACUUAUAUCUCCUGGGUAGUAUAACUUUUCCCUCUCUUUUUCUAUGUCCUCUUUAUUUUAGUGGCCAAAGUGUGUCCUAUCUCUUCUGUAGGUAUUUUUAAGUGAUUCUUUCAUGGAUAGCCCUUUGAUCUCUAUUUAAUAACCAUACUAACAUAU